GUUUAUAGCUAAGCCGUGUGCCUUAGGCUUAAAAGUCCAAGCCAAUGGACCACAGAAAGCUCAGCCUAAUGCUAUUCUUGAAAAGGUCUUCACUGCCAUUACAAAGCACCCAGAUGAGAAGAGGCUGGAAGGGUUAUCCAAGCAACUAGACUGGGAUGUGCGCAGUAUUCAGCGUUGGUUUCGACAGAGACGCAACCAGGAAAAGCCAAGCACUCUUAGGAAGUUCUGCGAGAGCCUGUGGAGGUUUACAUUUUAUCUUUACAUAUUCACCUAUGGAUUCCGGCUCUUAAAAACGAGUCCCUGGCUGUGGAACACAAAGCAGUGCUGGGCUGGUUACCCAUAUCAGCCUUUGAUGCCCGAGGUUCAUUACUACUACAUACUUGAGCUAUCAUUCUAUUGGUCCAUAAUGUUUUCUCAGUUCAUUGACAUCAAAAGAAAGGACUUUAGCAUCAUGUUUACACAUCAUAUUGUGACAGUCAUUUUAAUAACAAUCUCCUACGUAGUCAAUUUCACACGAGUGGGGUGCCUGACUUUGUGUCUUCAUGAUGUAGUUGAUAUUGUGUUGGAGGCAGCCAAAAUGGCAAACUACUGCAAGUUUCAAAAACUCUGUGAUUUCCUCUUCCUUAUGUUUGCUAUUAUUUUCAUUAUUACUAGGCUUGGAAUCUAUCCUUUAUGGAUAAUAAAUACAGUAUUCUUCGAACUGCCUGAACUUGUUGGUGGCUUUCCUGCUUUAUCAAUCUUCGUCAUUUUACUUUCAGUACUUCAGGUUCUCCACUGCUUUUGGUCCUACUUAAUAAUAAAGGCAGCCUAUAAAGCUAUUUUGAAAGGCAAGGCAAAAGAUGACCGAAGUGAUGUUGAGUCCAGUUCAGAUGAGGAGUCCUCCGCUCUUCAAUCAAGGAGCUCCCACAGCUCAGCUACCACCAAUGGGACAAAUGGAACAAACGGGUAUCUCACGGGUAGCAACUCUGCAGAGGAAUAUUAAUACCCGGAACAUACACAGCCACAUGAACUGUUUGCUACAGACAACAAAUAAGUUGUGAAUGCUUUGUGAAUGCAGGAUUUGACUUUUUGUUCCUUCCAUUCUUCUUUCCUUUUUUUUUUUUUGGCAGGGGGGUUAAAUCUCAGAAAAAAAACUUACACAGACCUGGAAUAUUUAAAGCUUCUAAUACCGCACUGCUGUAUUUCCUGUUUGUAAAUGACAGCGCCACAUGAUUUUCUGUAUGUAGGCAUGCUGUAUCUAUAUAUACCUGACCAGAUGGGAGCAGUAUUUUCUUCAGUAGUCUUUGAGUAUUAUUUAUUUUAUAUCUUACUUUGAGCCGACUUCCAGAUGGGGGGGGAAAAAACACCUCCUCAAGAUUCUCUUUUGGACUUCAUAAGGGUUAGAGAUUGCCAAGUUAAAGAUGUGUCUUUUUUGUCCUUGGUUUCUCUAGCCAAUAUGUGAUAUUGUAGCCGCCUGCUCAGAUUUCUCUUACUGCAAAACCACAAAGGCUCAUGACUCAUUCUAGAUUUUUUUGUGGGGAGGUGUCUUUUUGCUGAAAGAUGCUGACUUUAGAACUUGCCAGUACAAUCACAAUAGUCACUUUCCCCCAUUUUAAAACGCUUAUUAGUAUUUUUAUCUAACAAGGUCAGUUUGAACAUUCACUUUAACCCAUACUUGCUAUAAGAUCAAAUUUUAUCGUUGAUUUAACCUCCCCCCCCCCUUCCCAAAUUAGUGGCAAAUUUGAUUUGGCUUCAAGCAUAAUGAACUAACUCAUCUUCAACAUAAGUCUUCUCUUGCAGAUGUUACCCCAAAUUUUCUGUUUGGGUUAAUUUUUCAAGCAUGUGCAGUUGAGCUAGUAUAAGCACACUUCUUUUACUUCUUUCCCUCAGUAGCCCUUCCAGCUGUUCAAAAAUGCUGUUUAGAGUCUGAUCAAAUUGUCCAAGCGACCUACCUUGUGCAUCAGCAGCAUCUGAGCUGAUGCACAACUCAAUCAGCUUUCAACUGGUUGAGUAUUGCUGGGUUUUUUGUUUUUAGUCCUUCCAGUCAGCACAAAGCUGGCUGGGAGGCUGUCACUUUUAUUUAUUUAGCUGAAGUGGAAACUAUACACACAUGGUGCAAGUAGAAUCAGUACCACUAUAGAUAAGUCAGGAGGACUGUACCCCAUAACAUUCCUGUUCCUUUUUUACACAAACUCACUUUCACAGGACAGUGAAAUCUAAAUCACCACCAAGAGAGAGAGCCUAGAGAGGACUUCUAGGACUUUCUGUGUUGUAGAAGGCAGAGCAGUGAAGAGUGUUCCCCCAUUAUCCUGGUGGCUGUAUUAUAGGAAAAAGAUCUUAGGGUUAAGGACCUUGACAUAUGAGAUAGUCUGGUGUUGGGGACAUGGGGGAGAGGGGUCUCCUGAAAAUCAGAAUAAGACACUUUUUUCUAAGCAGAAUUGCACUCACAAAAGGUGCUUCCACCCAGUGUUUGGGGAUAUCCAGUUUCAGCUCCACCAGGACAUAGUCUAUCCAGCAAGAAUAGCUCCAUCCACCUUUGUAGCAUUUUUGGAGGCCUCCUGGGCUGUUGCAAAUAAGAACAGGGAGUCCACUUUGCCAGUUAGUUGCACAGGCCACAUCUGAAACAAAUUGUAUGAAUUUCACAUAGAUGCUUUUUUAAAUUACUUAUUUCAGAAGAUAUAUAUUUGCUUGGCCCAAAAGUCACAUGUGCCAACGUUAGUAUUUAAAGAUCUAGAACAAAGGAAAGAGCAGCAGCUGGAAAGAAUGUUUUUCUAGAAAUAACAUGGGCUCUAGAGGCAUGGUAUAGAGGAGAGAUUGAACUCUCUGAAGGCCUAAUUCUAAUAGAUCGCAGUAAACCUGUGUCUGGACUAUACCCGGUUUUUAAAUUUACUGUUGGUGGGGACAGGAUGGGCUGCUCAUUCGAAUCAAUGUAAAUUUACACAAAAAUCUCUUGCUUAAGAGGCACUUGCUUUCAGUUUAAAUGAGCCGGAAAUGAAUUCUAAGCCAGUUUGGGAGGGCGGUGUGGUUUGGUUCUGUUUUGUUUUGUUUUUGCUGUUGCUGCACAUCUGCAUCUUGAGAAAAGUUGUACAGUAUUUUACUUGGCUUUAUUAUAUGGGGAGAGGCUUUGAAGGAAGAAGAAGGCUAAAUAACUAGAUGCCGUACUUGUCAUUUAUGCUGAGGAGGAGUUCAUGUAACUGUUUCUGAAGCCAACCCAAUUGGUAUUUUCUAUCUUCCCAAUGGAUGCAUUGCAGGCAUGCUGGUCCCAAUCUUGUGAAUGUUUUGAUUUCUUGCAGGAUAUGUUUAGUCAUGAUCUGAACUCUGGUCACUUGACUCGUGUGUGCAAAUACAUUGGCCCAAAAAACAAAGCAAAAAAAAAUUAGUUACUUAUGUGACUUAAAAUCUCUUGAAAUGCAAAUAUGGAAACAUUCCUUUGUGUUUUCUGCAUAAUCCAUUAAUAGCCUUGUACUCAAGAAUUUAAGAAAGGGAAAAUAAACAGGAGUUGAGAAUCAGUAUUAGUACCCUCAUGGAUAUUAGUUAAAAUGUCAUUGGCCCCAGAGUUUCUAUUUUUAUUUCUGUAUUGUCAUUCUGAAGCCAUCACCAUCUGACUCAAGCCCAAUGCAGCUGAAGUCCUUUAGGCAGGUGAAGCUAGGCUGAAGUCCUUUAUGCAGAAAGUUUAUAAGAGCCACAUGAAGAACAGGGUUGUGAUAAGGUGAGAUAGUCAAAACAGAUAUGCAUUUGAUUUACAUUCAGUUUGUGUUGAAAGCAAGCACUAAUUUGAAAGGUUGGCCUGUUUAAUCCAAUCCCCAUAUGAUUGUGGCAACUACAUAAAUAAAAGAGGGGGACACCAACUCGUUGGUGCCUCAGGUGACUAGGAGAGUGUUAGAUAGUAUGCUGUUAGAGCUGUAAAAUGGUAGCUACAAGUAAACAGUGUUAAGUCACAGCAGAUUUGGUCUCUUCAUGCCAUGAAGACUUCCCAUGCUGGGAAGAUGCCCCUUCUUGCACGCUAGGGCUUGUAAGAAAAUGGGGGUGGUAUUGCCGUAUGCGUAAGCUCAGUGUUCUCCCAUGAUUGUGCAUGCAAAGAGCCCAGGUCAGAAUAAGGAAUUAGUCACAGGAAGACCUCCUAGAAUCCAUCUGGCAUUCCUUUGCCUCUAACAGUAUUUUCUCAUGUAGCUUCUUUCUUUUCAUGUUUAAAAGUUCUCAUUCGUAAAAGCUGUUUGGUCCCUUUUUGCCCUAGAAUAAGAAAUGCAGUGGCUGGAAUGUGUAGAAUAGGAAAAAAAUGAAGAAAAAAAAAAAACUCCAUGGGAGUUAGUAGCCUUUAGAUUGACUGAAUGUUUUAUUAGCCAGCCCUGGAGUAGUAAAGUAAGAGCUAUAGUUGUGUGCAUUUAUUCUGUUAACAAUUGCCAUGGAACGCACUAACAUAAGUAGUGGUGUGUUUUUAAAAAAGAAAGAAAAGAAAAAGAUUGGAUACACCUCUGAAGACGAAAGCCUCUUCAGUGUACCUCCAGUUAAGUUGGAAGUGUGACGCCUUACCUGCAGUUUCAAUCCGAACUGUAGAGUGCCAGAUUAAAAAUGCCAAAAAGAAAUAAUACAUGUAUCUGUGGUCAUUUCUGAGUUGAUUCAGUGGAUUGCUUCAUAUGUUGCCUCUUUUAUGCAGAUUGCCAUUUCCUCUAUCGGAGGACUGGCUUACCUAAGACCCAGUACAGAGGGCCGGUUCAGAAACUUCAGUGUGACUUUAGCCUUGCACUCAUCUUGCAAUUAGGCCCUUACACAGAUACUGUUUGUUUCCUUCAUCUCCCACCCCCAAUUUCUAUUGCCUGUUUUUUAAUAGUACACUUAAUUGGAGCUUAAUCACACACAUCGGUUCAUACUGAAAAUCUAUAUACAGUGGAGCGGAAAGUGCAUACAUCCAGAAUUUACUUUCUGUCUCUUCCUUGCAUAUCCUGCAAACAAGGAUAUGUGUCCUUCUGUGAAAUAAUCCUGAUUUUGUUUAAGGAGAAAAUAUUAUUGAUUGCUAAUGAGAUCAAGUCAUAUGCCAUUCUCCUAAGAAGGAUUCACAUGUGUUUUUCUCCCUCCUACUGUCAUAUGCUGAAGCGGGCUUCUUUCUUAUAUCUGAUAUAUGGAGGUAGCUCUUUUUUGUCUUUUAGAAGAAUAAAUGUACAGGGAG